CUAGACACCCGAACUUGCCACGUAUCGUGACCGAUCAGAGUAAAUCGAGCAAGAUGGAUUUUGUUCUUUUCCUUAGCUCGAUCCUGCUGUUGAAAUCCGCAGAGCUGGUCGAAUGCAGGGACAUCAACGAUCGAACGAGUCCAGCGCCAUUGUUACGCUCCGCCAUGAUGGAAUUUGUAUUGUCAGAUGCAAACGCGAACGUUACAACUAAUGCAACAACGAAAAAUAUUAAAGAAACGAUUGACAAGAGCAAUUCUCUAUCUGAAGUCUCUUCAAGAGGAUCUUCUGAUCCUAUGAACGAAGUGAAUCCUUUGGACAUUCCGAUCUUCUACAAGCGUGAAUCUUUGGUAGUAGAAUCACCUACGGAUGAUACUUCGAUCAUACUGUCUACCGAUGAAACAGUUGAAUUAAAUCAAACUACGGAUGCCGGAAGCAACGGGGACGAAGGAAAUCACAAAAAACCGUUGAUAAUAGAUCUAGGUUCACUACCCAUCCCACGCGUUAGGCGAACGAAUGAGUUUCUAGAAAGCAAAAUAGCGGACCAAGAAGUGGAUGACCCGGUGAUCGAGCCUGAAGAUUCAAGCUUCGAUGAAACUUUGGCGGAUCAGGAAUUUAAGGAGGAUUCAACAGAUCUUCGCCAGGAGAGGAACCUGAAUUCUGAUGAAACUUUUGAUGGAGCGGAACGGAGAACGAUGUACGAUGGUUGGUACCAUCAGCAGCCAUUUUUGGAAAGAAGGUCACCGAAUUGAUUCAAGGACUCCGGUGUAAUUUUUUUUUUGCACGUACAGGGUGAGUAAACAAUUGUCUCUCAAAAUAGCUUGUUACUUAUUGACUUCAACGACAGCUCCCUUUAAGGAUAUGCGAAAUCAUUUAAAAACAAAACUAUUGUGCGAAGAGUUUUUUACAAAAAUGUUUAAUUCCUCGCCAUAACAAGACAAAUUCAAAAGUCAAAUACAGUUUUUGUAUCAUAAGUGUGUAAAGCUGUGGUCGUAGUUUAACAAAACAAAAAUUCCAAUUAAACUAAACAUUUCAGAAAAAUUCAGAAUCUACGUUUACUGUAAGAAUCAUUCAUAGUCAAAUGAAAAAUAAGUACCGCGACGAAACUUUCAGGCCACCCCGUACGUAGAUUUCACUAUGACGAAAUAAACGGUAUUAAUUUCAGUUGGACAAACACUUCAAAUCAAUUUUAAAAGUGGAUUUAGAAUCGUCAAUUUUAAAUGCUCUGUAAACACCAAAUAUUAAUGGAUCACAGGUGAAAGAAAUUUUUUCUUCAUUUCAAAUUAUGUUAAAUAACCUAAGAGGACACAGCUUUGUGUAAAGAAUCACGGAAUGGCGUACGUUGUUUCGUAUGAUCGCGGACUCGGAUCUGUGUGACGUAACAAUAAGGAAAUUUUUAUUAUUCGUUUUAUUUCAUAACAAAACAAUAUUUGCUGAAGUCAAUAAAUAGCAUGUCACUUUAGAAAUCAAUUGUUACUCACUCUGUACGGAAGACAAGAGGGAUGAAGAUCGAAGAGAUCGGGAAAAUCGUCGUAGCUGGAGGAUCGAGAAAAUUGUCGAAUAUCAAGCCUCGUUGUACCAAACAAAUCGAUUUAUUUCCUCCAGUUAUGCAUUUGUUCAUUGGUGUCUUGAAUAAAUAGCUUCGUUAGCUCGUGUAAAAAAACCCUCUCUCGAAAAUAAUGAUCGGCUCUGUCUGUGUAAAUCUGUGUCUGCGUGUGUUCAUUGUGUGUGUAACAAAAUGCGCAUGCGUGUGUCUGUCUUUUUGUUUUCAGGGCACUUAAAUCGCGAUCUCGGUUCGUUCUUUAGGAUAUUUAGAUCGCAGGCUCGGCCUCCUCGUGAGCGGUUUCGCUGGUUUCGGUAGUAUCGCUUUUAGAUCUGAAAGAAAUCACCAGAUUGAGGGCAUUUCGAGGCUGCAGGGAAGACAAGUACGAGAAUUAACAAAAGCACAAGACAGACGGUUAGUUUCGGUAGACGAAAACUGUUAAGAGACGAGACAGUCUUCGGUUGAAUGUUAGUCGACGCAAGGGAACUUUGAUAACCAGAAAAUUCUUCAAAGCUUAAUAUUGCUUUUAAAAUCAAACGAGAAACAAUCUUUCAAAUGGGAAUAUUUUGAAUAUUGAAUUUUGUCUAUUCUUAUAUUCUUGUUUCAUCCAUUUUAGACAUAGAUGUAAAUGAAAACUGUACAAAAUGGAAAAAGAUUGUUUAAUGUUUCGUAAAAAGAAUGCUGAAAUUUGUAAACAAAUUUCCGAAAAAAUUCAAAGAAACCGAAACAGAAAAUAGAUAAAAAUCCACAAACUGUCUGAUAAUCUUAUGGAGGUCGUUCAGAAAGCUGUGAAACAUCAAAAAGUAAAGUUCAGGUUAUCAAAGUUUCCUUGCUAGGGGAUGGAUCGUUGAUCAAACUCAUACCGAUCUUCCCGAAGGGAUUGUUAGGUAAACACUGGGGGUCUGGAGCUGAUCGACGAGCUUCAAGUUUACAAUCGAUUAAAAGGAAACAAUGAUUGGAAAAAUGACAUAAUAUUUUCCAAACUACUCAAUCAUACAACAGACUUCAAAAGCUUCCCCUAAUUUUCAAAAUAUUACAAUGUUGCUUGUAGUUAAAUUAAGGUUUAACAUAGUUCUUAAAUUUGUACUCAAAUGAAAACUUAUUUAAUAAAAGAGAAACCAUAU